GCUGCGCGUGCGCACUACGUUCUGCAGCGGUGUCAAUUACACGCCUCCUUCUUCCUUUCUCUCAAGAGAUUUAUAAGAAAUGAAAAGAGGUUUUUAAACGCAUUAUUUUGACAAUGUAACAGCUUUUCGCUACUCUACCUCGGUAAAAUUGCCUUUCCCUUAUGAUUGGGAUACCUAUGUGGCAGAUCUCGGCUAUACCUGGGCAAUUUUUGCACGUUGUGAACGCAUACGAUGCCGAAGUGUUUUCUACGUUUGGAAAAGCGUACAGAUCUAUAGAUUUUAUUGCCUUUGUUGCUUUCUUAGGAUGGGUAUUCGUGGUCUGAGUAGCUACAUCGAAACUUUAGAUGUUUGGGAAAAGAUCGAGCUGAAAGACACCAAAGUUGUCAUCGAUGGAAGCUGCCUCGUGUUUAAUUUGUACUACAAUUCCGGAUUGGAUUUUCGUAACGGUGGCGAAUAUUAUGAAUUUGCGCAAGUUGUUACGAGUUUCUUUCAAGCGUUGUCUUCGAACAAUGUCGAAGCUUAUGUUGUGUUGGAUGGGGCCAUCGAUCCCUCUGGUAGAAAGGUGGACACGAUAGAAAGCCGAAUGCAGGACUCGAUUGAUAACGCAGGGAAACCAGAUGGCCGUGUCAGGCCAAAGAUGUCCGCCCUCGUUCUUAGUCAGGCAAUGCGAGACAUUGGGGUUAAGUUUGUUCGUAUUGAUUGUGAGGCAGACGAAGAAAUCGCUUCCCUCGCCAAGAAGUUCCAAUGUCCAGUGCUCAGUGAUGACAGUGACUUUUUUAUCUUUGAUCUCCCUGGGGGUUUUAUUCGUUUGACUUCCCUCCACUGGCGUUCUUUUCCUCUAUCUACCAAGCUCUACAGCAGGCAAAAAAUGGCAGAUUAUUUACAACUUAGACCUGAUCUUAUGCCUCUCUUUGCAUCUGUGCUUGAAAAUGACUUUGUCAGUUCAAGUGCAGUUGAGCCAUUUUACACUGCCAUCCCAAGAAAUCAUAAAGGAGGAGGAUCUCGAUUUAGAAAUGUUGCUGAUUUUCUUAGGGGUUUAGAGAGCAUUGAAAAAGGAGUUGACUCUGUCCUAAAAUGUAUAAAAAAUCAAGAGUGUCAAAAUCAUCUUAGGGAUGCAUUACAUACUUCACUCAAUAGCUACACUUCUGUGGGAAAGUCUAAAGCCUCUAAUUUUUUUAUUAGUGAUGGUGGUGCUAAUGAUGGAUGGAGUGAAAUAGGGGGGACAGAAUUUCCUUCAUGGGUUGUAAAUGGUUUCAGGAAAUGUGCCUAUCCUAGUGAUUACAUCUCUGCUGCAAUAUCUGGAAUGCGUUUUUUAGCUUGUCAGGUUGAAAACUUGGCUAAAAGCUCUUCAUGCUCUUGCACUCUCGAUUUGAGAAGAGCCCUGUAUGCCAUGACACAGCCUGGCAAACCCAAUGAAGAGAAACAUGACAAAGUAACAAGGAUUAAGGAAUGGGACAGAAAAAAAAAAAGACUGACCAAUUACUUUAGAGAUCCAAAGUAUGUCUUAGAAGGUUAUGGCAAACUACCAACUUUGAUCCAAAUUAAGGAACUACCUCUAGAAGAGAGAGAAAUGCUUUUCUUUUUGCUACUGGAAUCCAACACAAGCACAAUAAAGCUCCAAAAAGGUAAGCGAUGACACAGGAGGGUUCUUCAGGUGCAGAUAUUUUUGUGGGCAAAUGGUUUUGAAUCUUAAAUCUCCGGCUUAAAUGUUAAAUCUCCGGCUUAAUAAGUACAAUUUUUACAGGAAACAUUUUUAGUUUGCUAAGAAAGCAGCAGGGAAGGGGGUUGGUGUUAACAUGCUUCAGAAUGUGCAUUU